CGAUACUAUGACGGCGACGACGCGGAUUUGCUUUAAGUCGAGUACGCAUGCUUGAUGUUAGACUAACCGCGAGCUACCCAAUUCCAUAAAUCGAAGACGAUAGUUUUAUGCUUUCAUUUCUAAUGAGAAAUGUUUAUAGUUUAAAACCAUGAUAAAGUUUAAUGAAGUCAUAGAAAAUAUUUGUGAUAAAGCUUAAGGUUAGGCGCCUUUAAAGCGAAACAACUGCGCAUGCGCAGAACCGACCAAUAAAAGUUCAGGAUGGCCAUUCAAAUUAUGAGGGGAGAAGCUUCGUCUACGAGUCGUACGACGGCAGUCGAGUGUCUCUUCGGUAUAUGGGAAAGGGAAUCCUUCCGCGAAAUUCAGUGGCGGCGUCCUUUCUGAGUACCCUUCGAAAAGCAGAUAAAGAAUGAGCGAAGGAGAUCAAGAGAAGAGCAUGGAUAAGAAGGAAAUAGCAGAGGAGGAAAGACAGAAAAUGUUGAACGCUGAAAAUACGAAGCACACGGUAGAAUCGACCACUCCAGACACGGAAACCGAGGAACAGAAGCCUAAGAAGAAAAUUCCUAUCGGUGGUAUUAAGAUGCCCGGCUUUUGUCGAACAAAGAGCAAAGAACCUUGCAAAGAUGAUGAAAGUAAACCCAACGAAUCGGGCGAUGGCGAAUUACCCGAGAAAAACGCUAAAGAAAAUGAACAGAAUAUAUCUUCUGAAAAGACAAAUACACCAAGUAAGGAGGCUAAAGAGAAAGAAGCUCGUAAAGGGAUCCUUGACGCUAUAAGAUUACCCUUAGUCUCCGUUUUUCCUCGAAAAAAAAAGGAAGGAGAAGUAGAAUUAGGAACUACUGGAACUGCUGAAUUAGCCAGUGUAGAGACACUUGACGAUGGUGCGACAGAGAAAAAUCCUAUUGGUAACGAAGAUGGAAUGGAAACUGUCCGACUCGAUGAAGAUGCUCCGGAUGGUAUCGAAUCUCCUAAACAACACUUUCUUGUCGCUUGUAUAUCCGCUGCAAGAAGAAAUUUAUUUGUACUGGUGGCCAUGAUGUGUAUCACGAUAUCAGUGAUAAUCAUCAUCUGUAUUGCUUGUAUUGGACCAAGGAAAGGUGGUGCACAAUUAAUGAAGAAUGGAAACUUUAUCAAAGCUGUUACUUCCUGCGGCCCUGUCCAAGGCAUAUCAGAAGAUGGUGCAUUCGCGUUCCGUGGUAUCCCUUAUGCAGUUCCACCGUUGGAAAACCGUCGUUGGCAAUCGGCAGAACCUUUACGAAGAAUCGAACAAUGCUGGACGGACACUUAUCUAGCGCAUAAUUCUUCUGAAGUCUGUUGGCAGCGUGAUGCUUCGGGUCAAGCCGUUGGAACCGAAGAUUGCUUGUACUUGGAUGUUUUUACUCCUGAAGUAAGAUACAAUUCACCUUUGCCGGUUGUCGUUAUGAUCGGCGCAGAGACUCUUAGCGGUGGCUCUCCAGGUGUAAUGCAGCCAUCGGCGAAGUUAGCUCGUGUUCGUGACAUGGUUUUUGUUAGACCCAAUUUUCGGUUGGGAGUAUUUGGUUUCUUAGCCGCUGAACCACUUUCACGAGCGACGCAUCCUCCAACAUCCGGGAAUUACGGACUUUCAGAUAUCAUAGCGGCGCUCCAUUGGGUCCAUCUUAAUAUAGAAAACUUUGGUGGUAAUAAAACAUCGGUCACUUUAUGGGGCCAUCGGGCAGGAGGAACUCUCGUUACAACCUUGGUCGGUAUUCGUCAAGCUAGGGAUCUUUUCCAUAAAGUUUGGAUAUCCAGCGGUAGCGCGAUAUUCCCCGGAAGAGAGUUAGAGAUCUCAGAGAAACUGAGCGAACAGUUUUUAAAUUCUAUACGGUGCAGCGACGCCGCUUGUCUACGGACUAAAAGCGCAGAGGAAUUAAUGGAUUCGGUUCCGGAAACUUGGCAUUUAGAAAAUGUUGGACUACCUGAAACUAGAGAGGCAACGUCGAGAGACAGGAGACACGAGUGGCUGGUCCUUGACGGUGCAAUUCUUCAGGAACCCGUAGGUCAAAUUUGGGCAAGAGAUGAGUUUCCAGUUAAAAUCGUAAUGGGAACCACCGCUCAUGCUGGAGCUCCUCAUAAAUACCUUCAUUCGAAUACCACUCUUAAUUCUACUCAAGUAGAAAAAAUUGUAAGGGAAUCUUUGUUAGGAACAACUGGCUUGGCUGAUGAAGCUCUCAGGCGUUACAAUGCAACAUUCAGAGGUUUAUUGAGUAUGAUAUCGGAUAUUCGUGUAGUCUGUCCACUUCUUACAGUUGCCAGGAUGAAAAGUAACAUUCCGUUCUAUGUGGCAACUCAAGCACGAGGUCAGUUCGCUGAUCCUGAUAGUGAUGCUACUGCGAUACUCGGAUCCUAUGCUGCACGUACACCCUCUGAGAAAAGGCACGUAUCCGCGAUGCAACAACUUUUCAAUCACUACGUUUGGCAGGAUGAGGUAGCUCAAAUGGAUCCAAACGGUGUGAAGCGAGUUUUUAUUGUCGGUCAAGACACAUUACCUAACAAUAAUUAUCCUAACUGCGACUUUUGGAUUGAGAAAGAUAUCGUCCCGUCUUAUGGUCGAGUUGAUUGAAAUACUUUCUUCGUUAUGUGUUCAACGACGAUUGUAGGAAUUCUACCAAAUCCACGAUAUUCUGUACAAGUAUGAUUUCUCCCUUACAAAUUUCUCGAAAUUUUGUAUCCUUUUAAUGAAUUUAAAACAAGAUAAACGAAUGGAAGAUGUUUCAAAACAUCUUACUGACUGACCAAAUUGAUAGGUCAUAAAAAUCACGAAUUUUUACAUACAUUUUACUUAAAAAACGUAAAGUUUGCAAGUGGAUAAUAAAUAUUUUGAUAAAAAUAUUUAUUAAUACAAUUUUAAGAUGUCACUAUUUAAAUAACAUGUACAUCUUUUUCCAAAGUAUUGCUUCAAUAGAAUAUAAAUUCAAUGGAUCAACGAGUUACGAAAACUUCAGGUAUCGGACAAUAUAAACAAUUUAAAUUAUUCCACUAGUCUUUUCUGCAUACGGAUGAGAAUAACAAUCGCAAUUUUUAAUAAGCUGCCAGAUAUAUCUAUACAGGAAACAUUUAUCUAUGAUACUCAUCGGAUUUUUGUCUUUGUACAUAUAUUACUGUUGCUCUGUUUUCUUUUUUAUUUCAAUGUACUUAAAAAUAUUCCUGCUUACGUAAUAUUAUGAGCAGAGAAAAGUAUAUAUGUAUCAGAUCUGACUUUUAAACUGUAAGACUGAUUUUAUAAAUCUGCAUUUCAUUUGCGUAUGAAUGUAUUUUAUAUUAGUUUUAAAUGAAAAUAGCUUUAUAAUAUAAAAUACCUGUCUCAUAGGCAGAGUUUAUUGUACUGUAAGUUAAAAAAAUGUGCAAAAAAUAUUUCUUUAACCAUUGUUUCAUUGUCAGUAUUGAUGUGCAUUCAUUAAGUACAUGGGUCACCGUCACGUUUUCGUAAUAUCAAUAUGCACUGUCGCACAUAUUUAUUAAUUCUAUCUAAACAUUUUUAUAGAUUUAGAAAUGUUAUUUUUACUCUUUAAACAACUGCAGUUGCAAUUUGAACGAAAAUAAUAAAACUUCACUUUUUUAUAUGAUAUAUACAAAUUUCAAAUAUUUCUAAAUCUAUGAAAGUUUUAAAAAAUAAACUCAUCUUUAAGUUACUGUGCAUUUGAAUGUUUGUGUUGUAUUUGAAACAAAAUAAACUAAUGUCAUUCCUAUUUUAAA